CGCAGGAAGGCAGAGAGGGCGCCUGGGAGGGGCCGAGACAAGGCCCCGGGCCUUCAGGGCGGGCAUCCUGGGCUGGGCAGGUGGCCGAGGGGUGGCGGCAGGAGAGAAUGCGCCUCUCUAAAACACUGGCCGACAUGGACAUGGCCGACUACAGUGCCGCGCUCGACCCGGCCUACACCACCCUGGAGUUUGAGAACGUGCAAGUGUUGACCAUGGGCAAUGAAACAUCCCCGUCUGAAAGUGCCAACCUCAACGCACCCAGCAGCCUGGGGGUCAGCGCCCUGUGUGCCAUCUGUGGGGACCGGGCCACGGGCAAGCACUACGGGGCCUCGAGCUGCGACGGCUGCAAGGGUUUCUUCCGGAGGAGCGUGAGGAAGAACCACAUGUACUCCUGCAGGUUUAGCCGGCAGUGCGUGGUGGACAAAGACAAGAGGAACCAGUGCCGGUACUGCAGGCUCAAGAAGUGCUUCCGGGCUGGCAUGAAGAAGGAAGCCGUCCAGAACGAGCGGGACCGGAUCAGCACGCGCAGGUCCAGCUACGAAGACAGCAGCCUGCCCUCCAUCAACGCCCUCCUGCAGGCCGAAGCCCUGUCUCAGCAGAUCACCUCCCCCGUCUCCGGGGUCAACAGCGACAUCCGGGCGAAGAAGAUCGCCAGCAUCUCGGACGUGUGCGAGUCCAUGAAGGAGCAGCUGCUGGUGCUGGUCGAGUGGGCCAAGUACAUCCCGGCCUUCUGCGAGCUGCCCCUGGAUGACCAGGUGGCCCUGCUCAGAGCCCACGCCGGCGAGCACCUGCUGCUGGGAGCCACGAAGCGGUCCAUGGUCUUCAAGGACGUUCUGCUCCUGGGCAAUGACUACAUCGUGCCCCGGCACUGCCCAGAGCUGGCGGAGAUGGGCCGGGUGUCCAUGCGCAUCCUGGACGAGCUGGUGCUGCCCUUCCAGGAGCUGCAGAUCGACGACAACGAGUACGCCUGCCUCAAAGCCAUCAUCUUUUUCGACCCAGACGCGAAAGGGCUGAGCGACCCAGGCAAGAUCAAGAGGCUGCGCUCCCAGAUGCAGGUGAGCCUGGAGGACUACAUCAACGACCGCCAGUACGACUCGCGAGGGCGCUUUGGCGAGCUGCUGCUGCUGCUGCCCACGCUGCAGAGCAUCACCUGGCAGAUGAUCGAGCAGAUUCAGUUCAUCAAGCUCUUCGGCAUGGCCAAGAUCGACAGCCUGCUGCAGGAGAUGCUGCUGGGAGGCCCCUGCCAGCCUCAGGAGGGGCUGAGAGGGUCCUCCGGUGAUGCACCUCAUGCCCACCAUCCCCUGCACCCUCACUUGAUGCAGGAACACAUGGGCACCAAUGUCAUUGUUGCCAACACGAUGCCCGCUCAUCUCAGCAAUGGACAGAUGUGUGAGUGGCCCCGUCCCAGGGGGCAGGCAGCCACCCCUGAGACUCCACAGCCCUCGCCGCCAGGUGGCUCAGGGUCUGAGCCCUUCAAGCUCUUGCCGGGAGCCAUCUCCACGAUCAUCAAGCCCCCAUCUGCCAUCCCCCAGCCAGCUAUCACCAAGCAGGAAGUCAUCUAGCAAGUCGCGGGGGGUCGGGGGCUCUGCUGGCUCCCCCCAACCCCCUCAGAAGAGAGCCGGGUGAUCACGUGGUCACAGCCAGGGUCAGUCCCAGAGCAGUAAGAGAAAGGGCAAAGGGCUCAAGGUGGAGAGCCUAGGAGAACAUCCCCUUGCUGCCCUUCUGCACUGGACGAUGGGGCUUUGACUUGGGGACACACUGACUGGAGAGUCCUCCGCUGCCAUGGACAGCUUUUGUCAUGCCGAGGCCACUGUCUUCACCUUCAUCCGUACCCGCCCCACCUCCUCUGCCCCGAAGGACAGCUGUCCGGAGACAACAUGGGGCACCUCCUUAAGCAGGGCUCCCUUCUCCCCCCGCCGCCUCUCCUUGUACUGAUCACAGGGUCCAGACACAGCACCUCUGAAGGUGGAUCGGGUGGUGACUGCCUUACCUCCCCCCACUCUGCCACCCGACCUCAGAUGCUGCCCCCCACCCCCUCCAGACCCCUGCCCGAACCAGCACCAAAGCCAUCGCUGCCUCCCCGAUGGGCUUGCGGCUACUCACGUGGGUCAGCAGAACCGAGCCUACUGGGGCUCCCAUGCCCGACUUUCCAACAGGUGGUCAUCAGGCCUUUCUUUCAAGGCACCGCUGAGUGGACUUGAACCUCCCACCUCCGCUUAGCAACUGAGCACAUGAACUGCGCGCACCACGCAGGAAUCCUGCUUUUCCUAAAGCCACCUCUCCAGAGGCCAAGGAAGAAGCCCCGGCCCCCCUCCUGCCAGGACCAUUUUCCAACAUAAGAGGGGCCCAGGCAGCCGAGGAUGGAUGGGGCUAUUGGGAGGGAAGGCCCUACCUGGCCUCCCUCUCUUAAGGACUUGGGUGGGUGUUUGGAGUCGUGGUGGUGGGCUUCCAGCCAGGAGAGAACCGUCGCAGGUGGACACCUGCCAUGGUAACGAUUGUGCGAGGGCUGGAGAGUCCUAGAAAGCCUCCUGGGAGAGGGAAGGUGGGACUAGAGCCAGGGGCCCCGCUGAGACAGGACAUUACACACGAGGGGAGGCUGCCCGGCAAGGGCUGGGGGCCAGAAGACUGGGGUAGGAGGAAGUAGGUAGAGAGACCAGGCUGUCUGGACAGAGAAGGCUCUAGGGUGCCAGAUGGAGGCCCCAGAAGUUCAUCAUGGGUGUAAACGUACCAAUGAUGGUGAGGAUGGCGCAGGACUGGGAAACCUUUUGUUUGGUCCCCACGAGCUAGUGCCAUCUUGCAGCGUCUAGCAGCAGCACCUAGUAGCAGCAGCCAGGUUGAGGUCAGAGGGUCAGAUGGGGGCUGUGGUAUGAGUUGGAUGAGAAGGAUGGGACCCAGGCGAUGGCCUAGGUGGAGCCUGGAGAGGAAGGGAUGGUGAGAGAGAGAUGGUGGACCGGCUCAGGUCGGCGCUACGGAGGAAUUAGCCCUCAGAGCCAGGCAUUGUCUUCAUGGGGGACGUGGCACCCACCUACCUCGUUUAUCUUCCCAAUUACUCAGCGACACUGUUGGAGAUGAACUUGAGUUCUCCGAGGUUGCCAGAUUUCUCUGGAAUUCACCCUGCUCUCAAGAGGCAGAGGCGGGACUUGAACUUAGGUCAUCCGACUGGAUCCGAAUGGGAAGUCUUACCCGUGGCAGAGCAACCUUGCCGGAAGGGCUUCUCUUUCCUCACCCUGAUCAAGUUGUGGGACUUUGGGCCUCCUCCACCAACCUCAAAAGCAAAAACCUUCCCCAUCUCCAGAGACCUGCCCCUGCCUAGAACUUGCAUUGAUCCGAGGCUGCCCCCUGCCCCAAACUAUUUAGGGCCCAGCAUCUUGUUUGCAGAUAAAUAUUAAGGAGAAUUCAUGAUUCCUGGACUACCUUUCUCUCUUCCCUCCCCGAGUCUGGGAGAGGGAGAGCAGGGGUCCGGUCUGACACAGCAGCCUAGUGAAGACACGGGAGGGGGCAAACAGUGCAGAUGGGGGCUCGAGAAGGGUAGGAAAUCUGCCUGGGGGCACCACAAGCUCCCCAGAAGAAACAACCAGCACGCUGGACAACGUUGGGAACAUUCUAGAAGAUACCGUUAGCCAGUGGAGCUAAAGAGAUGCCUCCUGUGACUUGGGCCAUGCCUAGGUCAACAGUGGCUUGUUAGACUGGCUACCUGUCCUUCCCAGAGCCUGGGAAUUCCACCAUGACCCACGACCCUUUUAUUGAAAGAUAAGCGAAGCAGGCAGGCUGUCCAAGAGAAAUGUCCCAGUGCUGUCAGACAGGACAGGCCCAAGCUCCGGGGAGAGACUGGUCCCUGCUCAGGUUCUCAUCCGUGUUCCCUAGCCACUCCAGUUCUCCAGAAAGCCUGACCAGAGAGGCUCCGGCAGACCUGGGGCAAGGCGGAGGAGGGAGCUGGGCUCAUUCUACCCAUCACCACCAUUGUCACCCCACUCUUUGCUCCUCUACUCCCAAGUUGCUCGGGCCUCAAGUGAGGAAGCAAAAUUGAGAUCAGGAUUAUCCUUGGGGGUGGGGGGAGUGGUGCCCCUUUAAGGCUAGCAACCUCUGAGCCCGGGAAUCAGUCCCCAGCCCUCCAGCCCCCACCUUUCUGGCCCCCAUGAUGCUUCUGCCGAGGCAGCCCCCUCUUUAGGCAGUUCUCAGGAGCCAACAGAGUCCAGUCCACUCCCCCAGAGUGCAGGGUGGGAAGGGCAGGGUGGCGAAUCCGAAAUGGACAUGGCUGGGUUUCUUGGGGUGACCCAGCCGAUGGCUUUUGCCAAACUGUUCUGCGACCCUACCCUGGCUGGACGGACAGAUGACUCACCUCAGCUGGAAGGGCCUUCAGAUCUGUCAGCCUCUCCCUGGGCCACGACGGUCAUCCUUUUCCAUGCUGGUCCCCGCAGCCCCAUCACUGCCAUCUCCGUGGGGCAAAGAAACAAGAAACAAACCCAAACACCCAUUUCUUACUUACCCAUAUCUUUUAACAACAACAACAAACAAACAAAAAAAGGCGCAUAAAACAAAAUAAAUGACACAUGUGUUUUCUAA